AUGAGGGCUCUUUUCCAUCUCCCAGUCCUUUUGGCUUCCCUGAGCUUGUUCCAGGUUGCAGAAUCUAACACAAAUGAGCAGGCCACCCGCACCGUCACCAUCUCUGAUGCUGUGAGUCAGGUCAAGAUCCAGGUCAACAAGGCCUUCCUGGAUUCCCGGACCAGCCUGAAGACGGCCAUGAGCUCUGAGGUGCCCACCACCCGACAGCUCUCCAAAUACCUCAAGCACGCCAAGGGCUGGACCCGCGUGGCCAUCCGCCACGGGCAGGUGUGGGAGGAGUCCUUAAAGAGACUGAGGCAGAAAGCGACUGGGAUCAACGUCACAGACCCUAGCCUGGACUUGACUGCACUCUCUCAGGAGGUGGGCUGUGAUGCCCCAGUUCCUUUGGUGAAAUGUGAUGAGAACAGCCCUUACCGCACCAUCACGGGAGACUGUAAUAACAGGAGGAACCCCGCGCUGGGCGCGUCCAACAGGGCGCUGGCGCGCUGGCUGCCGGCGGAGUACGAGGACGGGCUCUCCCUGCCCUUCGGCUGGACGCCGAGGAAGACGCGGAACGGCUUCCCUGUCCCGCUGGCCCGUGAAGUAUCCAACAAGAUUGUAGGCUACCUAAAUGAAGAGGGUGUUCUGGACCCAAACAGGUCCCUGCUCUUAAUGCAGUGGGGUCAAAUUGUGGACCACGACCUGGAUUUUGCCCCCGACACGGAACUGGGGAGCAGCGAGUACUCCAAAGUGCAGUGUGAUGAGCAUUGUAUCCAGGGAGACAACUGUUUCCCCAUCAUGUUCCCGUGCAACGACCCCAAGGUGAAGACUCAAGGGAAAUGCAUGCCUUUCUUCCGAGCCGGCUUUGUCUGCCCCACUCCACCUUGCCAGUCACUGGCCCGAGAGCAGAUCAAUGCUCUGACCUCCUUCCUGGACGCCAGUUUAGUGUACAGCCCUGAGCCCAGCCUGGCCAGCCGCCUCCGGAAUCUCAGCAGCCCACUGGGCCUCAUGGCCAUCAACCAGGAGGCCCAGGACCAUGGGCUGGCCUACCCGCCCUUUGACAACAAGAAGCCGAGCCCCUGUGAGUUCAUCAACACCACUGCCCGUGUGCCCUGCUUCCUGACAGGAGAUCCCCGAGCCUCAGAGCAGAUCCUGCUGGCCAUUUCCCACACCCUCCUUCUCCGAGAGCACAACCGGCUGGCCAGAGAACUAAAGAGACUCAACCCUCAUUGGGAUGGAGAGAAGCUCUACCAGGAAGCCCGGAAGAUCCUAGGAGCCUUCAUGCAGAUUAUCACCUUUAGGGACUACCUACCCAUUGUGCUAGGUGAUGAGAUGCAAAAGUGGAUCCCUCCAUACCAAGGCUAUAACAACUCUGUGGAUCCCCGAAUUUCCAAUGUCUUCACCUUCGCCUUCCGCUUUGGCCACUUGGAGGUUCCCUCCACUGUGUUCCGCCUGGAUGAGAAUUAUCAGCCAUGGGGUCUGGAAGCAGAGCUCCCCCUACACACCCUCUUCUUCAACACCUGGAGGAUAGUCAAAGAUGGUGGAAUUGACCCUCUGGUGCGGGGCCUGCUGGCCAAGAAGUCCAAAUCGAUGAAUCAGAAUAAAAUGAUGACCGGCGAGCUGCGCAACAAGCUUUUCCAACCCACUCACAGGAUCCACGGCUUUGACCUGGCUGCCAUCAACAUACAGCGUUGCCGGGACCAUGGGAUGCCUGGGUACAACUCCUGGAGAGGCUUCUGUGGCCUCUCACAGCCCCAAACACUGCAGGAGCUGCAGGCCGUGCUGAAGAACAAGGUGCUGGCUGAGAAGUUACUGGAUCUCUACGGGACCCCUGACAACAUUGACAUCUGGAUAGGGGCCAUCGCUGAGCCCCUGGUAGAAAGGGGCGAGGUGGGGCAUCUCCUGGCCUGCCUCCUGGGAAGGCAGUUCCAGCAGAUCCGUGAUGGAGACAGGUUCUGGUGGGAGAACCCUGGGGUCUUCACUGAGGAGCAGCGGAACUCUCUACAGAAAAUGUCCUUUUCACGCCUUGUCUGUGACAACACCCACGUCACCAAGGUCCCGCUGCACCCCUUCCAAGUCAACAGCUACCCCCAAGGCUUUGUGGAUUGCUCAGCCAUCGAUAAGCUGGACCUCUCACCAUGGGCCUCCAAGGAGAAUUAG